UUGAUUGCAAAAGUCACCAGCUGAGGCAUAUAUAAACUGAUAUGAAACAGUUAUCUACACAACAACAUACUACACAGGCUUAAUUAAAAGUGCACUGACAGGCUAAAACUGAAAAACAUGAAGGCUCUUCUGGUCCUUGUAUUAGUUGUAUUCACAGGCUGCCAAGCAAACCCGUUGUAUGCCGAUGAACCCCAGUCACAACUGGAGAGGUUGACUGACCAACUACUGGAGGAACUGAACACUGUGAAGUGUGCGCUGAAGCCCUACAUUGAAUACGUUACCGAGCCAUUUGAGAAGGGCGUUGAUUACAUAAAGAACCUGGAUUCUGAGAUGUUGAAGGCCAAAAUGCUCCAGACGAGAGAGGAGCUGAGAGGAACAAUGGAGGAGCGCUUGAAGGAGCUACAGGCUCAGCUGGAGCCUUUCACACAAGAGCUGAAGGAAAAGAUGAACCUCUACACCAGAGAGCUGAAGGCCUUUUAUGAAUUCUAUGCCACAGGCAGCUAAACAUUUUGAAGACUCUGUCACAAAUGAAUUUCAUUUUUAUUCCAAAAUCAGUGAUGUAGGUGGUCAACACAAUUUACUCAAACUGGCCUAAAUCAUAGUCUUUAUCUAAGUAUUCGUACUCAUAGUGUAUCACAGAGAGAUUUAGAGGCAUAUCUAAACAUAUACGUCUAUUUAAUUCUGAAUUAUAUACAAUGCACUGACUUUUAUGAUCCAUAAAACUGGCAACUUUGUAUUUGUGGUUGAAUGGUUUCAUGUGGGAGUUUUUUUCCUUUACAACUAGAGACUUCAUUGAUCAUUUAUUAAUGGAAAGCGUUUGUUAAAUUAUGAAAUAUGUUAAUUUCUUAAACAAAUAUACCUAAUAGAUGCGUGUAGAAAAAAUAAUGCACCCAGGAAGACUUACUGCCAAAACGUUUGUGUUUUGUCCUCAUGCUGUAAUACGCAAAAUGAAUAAACAUCAAAAGAAUUGGA